GCAUUUCAUAUGUGACAGAUAAACAAAAACCCCUAAGCGAACAACCUCUCUAGAAAUUAAAACCCAAUGGAUCCGGCGAAAUUGAGCGAGCUCAAGAAGUUCAUCCAGCUCUGCAAAUCUAAUCCUUCCGUUCUCAAUGAUCCUUCCCUUUCCUUUUUCCGCGAUUAUAUCGAAAGUCUUGGAGCAAAGCUUCCAUCCUCAUCUGACAACCAUGGAGCCAGCGAGGCCAAAUCGAGUUAUGUGGUGGAGGAAAGUGACGAGGAAAUGGCGGAGGGAGGUGAGAAAAUUGAUGUAGAAGAGGAGGAGGAAGAAGAGGAGAUUAUUGAAUCAGAUAUCGAGCUAGAAGGUGAAACGGUUGAGCCUGAUAAUGAUACUCCGCAGAAGAUGGGUGACCCUUCGGUGGAGGUUACCGAUGAAAACCGUGAUGCUUCGCAGUCUGCUAAGUUCAAAGCUAUGGAGGCAAUUUCUGAAGGGAAUUUAGAGGAAGCUAUUGACCAUCUGACACAGGCGAUUUUGCUGAAUCCAACAUCGGCUAUCAUGUAUGGAACACGAGCCAGUGUUUUCAUUAAGAUGAAAAAGCCCAAUGCUGCUAUUCGAGAUGCCAAUGCCGCUUUGGAGAUUAACCCAGAUUCUGCUAAGGGCUACAAGUCUCGUGGCAUUGCACGAGCAAUGCUUGGGCAAUGGGAAGAUGCUGCAAAGGAUCUGCACAUGGCAUCAAAGUUGGAUUAUGAUGACGAAAUAAACAGUGUACUAAAGAAGGUUGAACCCAAUGCGCAUCGCAUUGAGGAACACCGUCGGAAAUAUGAUAGAUUGCGCAAAGAGAGAGAAGAGAGAAAGAUUGAGCGUGAGAGACGUCGUCGUCGUGCUCAAGCUCAGGCUGAAUAUGAGAAGGCGAAGAAGCAGGAGCAAUCAUCCUCCAGUAGAAAACCUGGAGGCAUGCCUGGUGGGUUCCCGGGUGGGAUGCCUGGAGGUUUUCCUGGUGGGAUGCCCGGAGGUUUUCCUGGAGGAAUGCCUGCAGGUAUGCCUGGAGGCAUGCCAGGUGGGAUGCCUGGAAAUGUUGAUUUUAGCAAAAUAUUGAAUGAUCCUGAAAUGAUGUCAGCAUUUAGUGAUCCAGAAGUCAUGGCUGCACUUCAAGAUGUGAUGAAGAAUCCUGCUAAUCUAGCAAAGCAUCAAGCAAAUCCCAAGGUGGCUCCAAUAAUUACCAAGAUGAUGAGCAAAUUUGCAGGACCAAAGUAGGACGGUUUUCCGAAUUGUCAAUUUGUAGGGGGAAAUAUUCAUGUUGUGUUCGUCUCUGAAGGAAACUAUGUUCCGUUUGGUAAAUCCGCUCGCAUGGUGGUUGUGUUGGUAGUUUGUGUUAUAAGUUGUAGGAUUUUGUACUUUUGGUUUCUUAAAUCCCCAUCACUUUAUGCAGUUAAGAAGUAGCGAGGGUCGUUUUCCCCGUCGUUAUAUAAUAUUAUUUGCGAA